AUGUCUACUGCUGAUGCUGUAUUCUCUCAAGCCGAUGUAAAUCAAGAUCAAGUACUUGAUCCAAGUGAAUUUGAAAAUCUUACCACCGGUGGUAGUCUUUCAUAUGAUACAUUAGGCUUAGGUGUUGAUGAUUAUUCAUAUGGUGGAUUAGGCUACGAUUUUGGUGGUUACGGUUACGGUUACGGAGGUGAUCAUUUUUAUUCAGGAUAUGGACUUGGCGGUGGUAGUUAUGAUUUAGGAUCAUUGUACAAUUCAUCAUAUGGUUAUCUUGGUGGUAACUCAUCAUAUCUUGGUGGUAACUCAUCAUAUCUUGGAGGUACAGUUGAACUUAUAGAUCCUUAUCUAGCUGGAGGCAACUAUUUAUCUACAUCACAAAUAACUGGUGGUUCACAUUAUGCAGCCAAUGCUCAAGGUCUCUAUCUAGAUCCGAAUCCACGAAUUUUACGUCGUCCAGCAACAGGUGGUGGUGUAACUUAUGCACAAAAUAUUAAAGUUCGAUUUCUUCAACCACCACCUGUUCCACCACCAGGCCCACUUAUCGUCAAAGAAGUGCGACCACCUCAACCACCACCACCACCUCCAGUUCGUGUUCGUCAACAAGCUCCACCUCUUCCUCCACCGCCUCCACUUGUCUUACGUGAACAUCCACCAGUUCGGCCAGCUCCUGUUCCUUCUAAAACUGUUAUCCGACGAUUACCUGGUCUUCCUGUUCCACCUCGAUCAGUAAUUGUCGAACGUUUUCCACCGCUUCCACCUAGACCUCGUGAUAUUAUCAUUGAACGAUGGCUUAGAUAUGGACCACGAGCUAGACGACGAACAAUUGUUCAACGUGCACCACUACCUAAACCAUAUCCAAUACCACGCAAUAUUAUCAUUCAACAUGAUCGUGCUCCAGCAAAUAUUGUUCGACGAGUUCAAUUUCUUGGUGUUACUCAAACAGAUCCUCUACUAUAUAUUCAACGCUAUGGAGGAACACUUUUGGAUGCUUUUUCAUUAGUACAACGAGCACGUGCUGCUGGUGUUGUGGAAAAUAUUUCACCAUCUGGUUUUGCUGGUUCAUCUCAAAUCGUUUCGUCAAUUGGUAAUCUCGGUUAUGACAUCUACGGUGGUUAUGGAGGUUAUGACACUUUUGGUCUUGGACUUGGUGGCAUUGUAUAUCCAUCAUCAUAUGACACAACUGGUGCUGACUUUUCAACAUUUGGUGCUGAUUUAGGAGGCACUGAUUUAGGAGGUGGUGAUCUUAUCGGAACUGGUCUUGGUGGUGCUAGUUCGUUUGAAUCAUCAUCAUUCAAUGGGGCAAAUGAUUCAAUACUUGGCGAAGCAGCAAUUCGUGAUGAAACAAUUAUUCGUACAACAGUCAGUGAUGAAGGAGUUUCUGAGGGAACAACAGUUCGUCUGACGCUGCUAGAAUUUAAAGAAGUUACAAUCGGUAUAAAUGAAGUGAUACGUAGAAAGCAUGGUUUUUAUUUUAUUUAUUUUGAACAAAAUUCAAUCUCAAAAUGUAUCCACUUCGUUUUUUUUCUUGAAUAA